CUUGGGAGGUGUGUAGCGAGCGAAGUUGUUCGUACAGUACCUGUGAGAGAGCGGGAUCAUUUAGGGCCGGAUAUAGAGGGGGCCGAAAAGAGGAGCGAGAUCGCUUCGGUAUCGGCCUAGAGAGUCCAUUGUCGUUUGCGCCAGUUCUUGCAUAGGGGAUCUUCCGUGAAUCAGACCGGAACCCCAAGAUUUCAAAAUGAGCUUCAAUUUUGGGAAUCCGGCUGGAGGCGGCAGCUUCUCCUUCACUGCUCCCAAGACGGCAGGCACAGGGAGUGCGUUCUCUUUUGGCAGCACUACUGCAGCCUCCCAAGGGACCUUUAGCUUUGGAACACCCCAGCAGGUUACAACAACGGCCACCUCAGCACCCAGCACUGGUCUGUUUUCGUUCAGCACUCCCACUACUGGAGUCGCAUCAUCUACUGGAUUCUGCCUGCCAACACAGCCAGCAACAACUGCCACUACUGGAGGCUUCUCUCUUGGAGUGAACAAGCCAAGUUUAGGGUUUGGUGGCACAGGAUGCAACCCAGUCUCUGGCUUCUCUUUCGGUAAUGCUCCUGCUACCAGUACCACUACCACCACUUGUCCAGCCAUGUCCUCUGUAUCGGCAGCCCAGACCACAACACCAAUGGGCUUCAGCUUUGGCAGCAAUCCCACACAGCCAGCUGUCGGAGGUUUUGGGCUGGGGUCCUCUACCACAGCUCAGUCAACAUCUUCCACUGGGUUUGGAUUCACCUCUACCCUGGCUGCCCCAACCCAGACGACAGCAGCUGGUGGAUUUACCUUCAAUGCAGCUACAAAUGGAACACCCACGCUAACUGGCUUUAGCUUUGGCACCUCAGCAACUACAGCAGCUCCCAAACCAGCAGCACCACUUUCUUUGGGUGCACAGUCUACAGGUUUUGCUUUUGGUGUGUCUACAGUGGCGUCAUGUGCCAACACCUCAGCUCCCACAAUGCAGGGCUUCUCAUUUAAUGCAAAGCCAGCAGGAACUUCAACUAGUAUAUCAACAGCUGGACCAACUCUGUUUGCCUCAGUAGUGAGCUCAGUACCUCCUGCCACUUUAGCGACAACUGGCUUUCCAUUGAGCAGUGGUACCACUCCUACUCUUACGGCUGCUACAACUUCUCCAUUUGGAUUUAAACCAACCAGUACAGCCUUGCCCAUCACAACAGCUGCAAGUCUGGCUUCCACCUCUGCUGCUGCAGCCACCAGCAACACUGGCUUUUCUCUGGGGCUGAAGGCACCAGCAAAUUUCUCCUUGGCGCCAGGGCCUGCUGCAACAGCUGCCAGUGUGAGCACCACAGCUACCACAACAACUGCUGCUGUAGGCGCUACUGCCACCAUUACUACCGCCACCACUACUGCUCCCGUUACUAGCAGUACUCCUCCAGUAAUGUCAUAUGCUCAGCUGGAGAGUCUCAUCAACAAGUGGAGUGUGGAGCUAGAGGACCAAGAGAAACAAUUCCUUCAUCAGGCCACACAGGUCAAUGCUUGGGACCGGAUGCUAAUCGAAAAUGGCGAGAAGAUCACUGCCUUACACCGAGAAGCAGAGAAAGUGAAGCUGGACCAGAAGAGACUGGAUCAAGAGCUUGACUUCAUCCUGUCACAGCAAAAGGAACUGGAAGACCUGCUGGAACCACUGGAGCAAUCUGUCAAGGAUCAACAUGGUACCAUUUACCUGCAGCAUGCUGAUGAAGAGCGAGAGCAUACUUAUAAACUGGCGGAGAAUAUUGAUGCUCAACUGAAGAGGAUGGCCCAAGAUCUGAAGGAAAUUAUCCAGCAUCUCAAUACCACUAGUGGUUCCUCGGAGAUUGGUGAUCCAUUGCAACAAAUUUGCAAGAUUCUCAAUGCCCACAUGGAUUCUCUGCAAUGGAUUGAUCAGAGUUCAGUCUUGCUGCAGAAGAAAGUGGAGGAUGUCUCAAAACAGUUUGAAAUCCGUCGGAGAGAGCAAGAAAGAAACUGCAGAAUUACAUUUGACUGAACCCGGUUGGGAAUUAACUUGCACCAUGAACCUGUACCAUUCUUUUUUCCAAUUUGUUUUCAAUAAAGAAUCUCAUUAUUGCUCAGUAA